AACUUCCGCUUCCGGGCAGUGCUGGCCGUUUCCGCUUCCGGCUACUUGUUGCCCGAGCCGCUGACAGAAGGAUGGACCCCUUGGUGGCUCAGUGGUCCUCCCGGCUGCUGCAGCAGGAAAAAGAGAUUAAAUCUCUGACUCUUGAAAUCGAUCAGUUGAAAACCGGCGGCUGUUUAGUCACUUCUCCAGAUCUGGAGCAGUUGCGGGAAGAAAGUUUAAAGUUAAAGUAUCGACUGAAUAUCCUUCGAAGGAGUCUUCAAGCCGAAAGGAGCAAACCAACUAAAAACAUGAUUAACAUCAACAGCCGCCUGCAAGAGAUCUUUGGCUGUGCCAUCAGGGCCGCGUAUCCCGAUUUGGACAACCCUCCGCUCAUAGUGACGCCCAGUCAGCAGCCCAAGUUUGGGGACUAUCAGUGCAACAGCGCUAUGGGCAUCUCUCAGAUGCUCAAAACCAAGGAACAGAGAGUUAAUCCAAGAGAAAUUGCUGAAAACAUUACCAAACACCUCCCAGACAAUGACUGUAUUGAAAAAGUUGAAAUUGCUGGUCCUGGUUUUAUUAAUGUCCACUUGCAGAAGGACUUCAUAUCAAAACAGUUGACCAAUCUCCUGGUGAAUGGUGUUCGACUGCCUGCCCUUGGAGAGCACAAAAAGGUCGUAGUGGACUUUUCUUCUCCCAACAUAGCUAAAGAGAUGCAUGUGGGCCAUCUCAGGUCAACCAUCAUAGGAGAGAGCAUGUGCCGCCUCUUUGAAUUUGCAGGAUACGAUGUGCUAAGAUUAAACCACCUAGGAGAUUGGGGGACCCAGUUUGGCAUGCUCAUCGCUCACCUGCAAGAUAAAUUUCCAGACUACUUAACAGUUUCGCCUCCUAUUGGGGAUCUUCAGGCCUUUUAUAAGGAAUCCAAGAAGAGAUUUGAUACUGAGGAGGAGUUUAAGAAGCGAGCGUACCAGUGCGUGGUUCUGCUGCAGAGUAAAGACCCAGAUAUCAUAAAGGCUUGGAAGCUUAUCUGUGACGUCUCCCGCCAAGAGUUUAACAAAAUCUACGAUGCAUUGGACAUAUCUUUAAUAGAGAGGGGAGAGUCCUUCUAUCAAGAUAGGAUGAAUGAUGUCGUAAAGGAAUUUGAAGAUAAAGGAUUUGUGCAAGUGGAUGAUGGCAGAAAGAUCGUAUUUGUCCCAGGAUGCUCCGUACCUUUAACCAUAGUAAAAUCAGAUGGAGGUUACACAUACGAUACAUCCGACCUGGCUGCGAUUAAGCAGAGACUGUAUGAGGAGAAAGCAGAUGCGAUUAUCUAUGUGGUGGACAGUGGACAAUCUGUGCACCUCCAGACGGUAUUUGCCGCUGCUCAGAUGAUGGGUUGGUACGACCCUCAAGUCACUCGAGUGUCUCAUGCCGGGUUCGGUGUGGUGCUGGGGGAAGACAAGAAGAAGUUUAAAACACGUUCAGGUGAAACAGUGCGCCUCAUAGACCUUUUGGAAGAAGGGUUGAAACGAUCCAUGGACAAGUUGAAGGAAAAAGAACGAGACAAGGUCUUGACUGCAGAGGAGUUGAAGGCUGCUCAGACGUCCGUUGCUUACGGCUGCAUCAGAUACGCCGAUCUUUCCCACAACCGGUUGAACGACUACAUCUUCUCCUUUGACAAAAUGCUGGACGACAGAGGAAACACAGCCGCGUACUUGUUGUACGCCUUCACCAGAAUCAGGUCCAUCGCACGCCUGGCCAACAUCGAUGAAGAGAUGCUCCAGAAAGCUGCUCGGGAGACCAAGAUCGUUUUGGACCAUGAGAAGGAGUGGAAACUGGGCCGGUGCAUUUUACGGUUCCCUGAGAUUCUGCAGAAGAUUUUAGACGACCUGUUUCUCCACACGCUCUGUGAUUAUGUCUACGAGCUGGCGACUACUUUCACUGAGUUCUACGACAGCUGCUACUGUGUAGAGAAAGAUCGACAGACUGGAAAAGUACUGAAGGUGAACAUGUGCCGCAUGCUGCUGUGCGAAGCAGUGGCCGCUGUCAUGGCCAAGGGGUUCGACAUCCUGGGCAUAAAACCCGUCCAAAGAAUGUGACCCGUCCGAGAUUCGAACACUGUUUUCACCGAAGUGGCCAUUAGCACUGUUUGCUUUUUUACAAUCAUGUGGAUAUAAAAGCAAGUAAAUGAAAUUUGUCAACUAUCUAUUUAAUAUGUGGUUCUUUAUCACCAACAACUAGGCUCCUGAAAAGAAAAAAAAGUACGUUUACAAAUAUGUUUAUUUCCGUUGAGCAUUAAAUCAGUAUGACUUAGUGGAAGACGAGGAGUAACCUAGGGCCUGUGUGCCACAGUGAGAGUGUUUAUUGGCACGGCAGGGAUGUUUUUAUUAAUUUGAAUUAGAUAAGGAAUCCCAUUCACUGAGCCCUACUGUAGGCCGCCUGAACUUUUCACGCCUUCAUUGUCCGAUUUAGUCCUUAUUCCAUCGUUCUGUCGUAUGUGCUUAUCCCUGUUUAACGAGUGACGAAAGUGAGGGUCCCCAGAAAUAAGGAACCCGCCCUGGAUAGCUCAGGAACAAAAUUGGGAUUCCUGUCCAGCUCCCUAGUCUAAGCUCUGUGCAUCUAGCAAAAGACGGCACUGGCAGUGUGAUAGGCCUGGGUUCAGGGGAAGGCGCAAGAACAUUUAGCAGACUGGAAAUUUCCCCAAAGUUCCAGAUUAACUCGAUAUCCCAUUGGUCAUGUGCCAGUUCUAGUUGCCAAGGAAGCUGGGAAAACUUGAAUAUCUAAGCAAAGAAGAACAAGAUUGCCAUGAUCUGUUUAGAUCAGUCAAGAUUCAUUCUUUGAGCUUGGUAUAUUAUUUCACUCCAUGAAACGAGUUCCAGUGGGACAGAAGGUAGAGCUUUUUGAUGACAGUGACGGGGGUCAGCGGAGGCGGGGCUACUGCUGACGGCUGGGGCGGGAGUUAAUGUAAUCUGCCCACACAGGGCCGCAAGGGGAGUCCGUGUGAAGCAGUGAACACAGUGCCUUGAGAAACAAGUGCUUAAUAAACACGAACGGUA